GAUCUGCAGGAGGAAGUCUCUGUGGUCGAGUGCAGUCUUUUACAGGAACGACAACCCUCUCACGCCUUGUGCAUCUCAACUAUGACAAGUGGGCCGUCUCUCAUUUGACGCCGGGCACAUCUGUGAUUCCUCUCCUGCUCCACGGCUCCUUCCUCGUUUAUUUUUCAGCUCCGCACCUCUUUUUUUAUUUUUAUAUAUUUUUUAUUUACACAGUUUUCCAAGAUGACCUGGACGAUGAACAGUUGUUUAGUGACUCUAGCCAUCCUGUUUCUGUGGCGAGUGGAAGAAAUCGCGGAAGCAUGCAGCUGCUCCCCAGCGCAUCCUCAGCAGGCGUUCUGCAACUCCGACGUCGUUAUCAGGGCAAAGAUAGUUGGAAAGCAGGUGGUUGACGUUGGCAAUGACAUCUACGGGAACCCCGUCAAGCGUUUCAAGUAUGACGUCAAACAAAUCAAGUCGUUCAAAGGUCCCACCCGGGAUAUUGAUGCCAUCUACACAGCUCCCACCUCUGCAGUGUGUGGCGUCUCUCUGGAACAUAACUGCAAGGAGUAUCUAAUCACAGGCAAACUGGAAGCUGAUGGGAAGAUGCACAUCACCCUGUGUGACUUCAUUGAGCCCUGGGAGACCCUGAGUGCCACACAGAAGAAGAGCCUGACUCAGCGCUAUGAAAUGGGCUGUGAAUGCAAGAUCACCCGCUGCACAGCCAUCCCCUGCAUGAUCAGCAGCCCGGCGGAGUGCCUGUGGACGGACUGGGUGAUUGAGAAGAUGGUCAAUGGAGGGCAGGCCAAACACUUUGCGUGUAUCAAGAGGAGUGAUGACUCUUGUGCCUGGUACAGAGGGGCAGCACUGCCUAAAAAGGAUUUCCUGGACAUCGAAGAUCCUUAACUCCACCACUGUCCAAUAUUCUAAAGAUGUCUAAGAUAUAUAAUAAGACACAAAUAAAUACUAUUUUUGUUUUGUAAGACCACCAUAGGGCAAGUGCUCUAUGGUGAGGUUGUUUUUAUUUACAGGUCUCAUUAAGUUUUUAAUCAACAGUCUUACGAACGCAGCACUUUCAGACACUUCUACCCCUAAAUCCGAAGCACUUCCUCAUAAACCACUUCUCCGUUAGCUGAAAUAAGGGGAUAUUCAUCACAAUCGAGUAUUACUAUUCAUAAAGUUUUUUGUUCGGGAGCUAUGCUACCUUUUAAAAAAAAAAGAACUAAUUCUAUUAUGCAUCACCUGCAUACCGAUAACUCAAAGUGUCAUAAUGUUAUCGGUUUUUUCAUAACCAUUAAAUGGCAAUUGGAACCCAGAAUUGUGACAGCAGAGCUGUCACAAGGAACGACCACCUCUUGCCUGUCCUGUUUCAGAUUACUUAUUGUGCCGAGUAUGCAAAUGUCUUCCUUCUUUUAUUAGUGUAUUUUACUUUUUUUUUUUUAAAGAUGUGAUGAUCCUGAUUUGACUAGGUGCAAUCAGUGCUUAUGCUAAUGUUGUCUUUUAAUAAUCCGGAAUAGACAUGAAUGCACUUUUGAAUAUAAUUGUCGCAGUCAUACAUUCUAAGAAAGAGGAUUGAGUCCUCCAUUUUUAAUUUUAAUAUUACAGUUUAAGAAGGUUAUAUGAUGCAUCAUAUUCUAUUGAGAUAUUUUUUUUUUAAAAUGCCCACAUUGUGAUACUUUUUGUGACAUCAUUGGUAUUGUAUAAAGAUAAGAUCAAGUAUUUGAACAAUAGAAACAAAAUACACAUUUUAUGUGCAUUAUAGGCCAAAUUGUUGGCGUGAUGGUGCCUGACUGCUCUUCCUAUAGGACAGCUGGUUAACAUAUAACCAAUCAUCCAUUUACUUGCAGAGCCUUCGAUGUGAUCUUAAAAAGUGUUGCGCAAAUGCCAUGUGACUUUGAUAAUUAAUAUGAGUGUAAAAAGGUUCUUCAUUUGAAACUAGUCAUGUAUGAUGUCUUGUGCUGGUUUCACAUGAGAUAUUUGAGAUGAUUUUUGCAUGCAUGUCCAGCUGAAACAGUACUGUACAUUUUGAGUUCCAAUAAAUGUCAAACCCUG